AGUAAAUAAAGCCCAGUCUAUUGUUCCAUAUCCAAACAAGUCUGCCAUUCUCGCACUCCCACAAUACCCGACAACCAAACCCAAACCAAACCUCCCAAAUGGCCCCCUUGAGCACCCCCCUCCCCAACGCGACCAUCCACGCGACCCCCGACUCCUCCGCCGUUAACACCCCAUCCCCCGACUACGCCUACGCGACCAAAUACGCCGGCCCACCGUUCCCCGUCGCCGACGCCAGCAUACCCCCGAGCAGCGCCGGCGGCGGCAACCACAACUGCAACAUGGUCGGCCUCCCGCGGUGCCAGGAGCAGUUUGGCAACAACAGCAGCCACCACCACCCAGAGUGCUGCAGCACCCGCCGCGCAAACGUCGCAGAGUCGAAUUGUCAGACCGGCGCACAGCACGUCUUCGGCCACCCCGUCCACAGCCAGCACAGCCACGCCAACGUGGUCCCGCUCGCGCUGCUCGGCAGGUGGCCGGCGCUGGUUAAGUGUCCCGGGUGCAGGGGGGUGGCGCCGACGAGCACAAAACAUGUUGCUGGAAAGGGGUCACACUGGAUGGCUACCAUGUUCUUUUUCACGACCGGCAUCUUCACCUUCGUCCCCUAUGUCACGCCUGCCAUGAAGGAUGUCGAGCACCACUGCCUCCGGUGCGGGCGACACCUCGCCACGAACAGGUUUGGAGGCGGCACGCAGGCCAAGCUGAUGUGAGCGGUGGGCUGCGGGGUUUACCGUAUAGUCGAUGGAAAUGCAAGAUGAAGAACCCAUGGCUGGACCAGUGGUGUUUGGCCAGUGAGUUUUUGGAAAUUUGCGAGGUUACUUACCGAGCGAUUGUCGUUUCGAUGAGCUUGUUGUUUUUAUUCUGUAUCUAGUUAUGACCUUUGUUCUUUUGUCUAGGAAAAUCAAGUCCGGUUCACUACAG